UUGAAGAAACACUAAAAAAAGAAAAUAGAGGUAAGUAAGAGUCAAAGGGUCGCUGUGGCAAGUGGUGCGGUAACGGGUGAGGUUUGGGUACUGCUUUGAGCACCAGAAACCUCAGGUUUGGACACCCCAAUCUUUCCCCUUUCCUCUCUCCAAACUCAAGUCCGGAUAUCCGUUAAUCUCCCUCCUAUCUCCGAACCAAUUUCCCGAACCACCGCAAUUUAAAAAAGAAAGAAAGAAAUGAGCGCUAGGGUUCCGGUGCAGCAACACUACAAUCUCAACUCUCCCACUUCCUUCAUCGAGAGUCCUCUCCACGUCCUCAACGCUGUCGACGCCAGAACCACCGCCCCCUCCAUCGACGACGACCACCAUGCCGCCGUCGAUUGCAUGAAUGAAUCGCACAGGAACUGUUUGCCACUUCACAGUGUAGAAGUCGACGAGGAUCGUUCCAGUCUCGAAACCAACGAAUCUUCUAGAGGACAUUAUGAUCUCUUAAUCGUUGACGAUGUUUCGCCAAUUGAAUCGGCUAGGGCGAGGUUUCUGCAAAUUGUGAUGGAUCAUUUUAUAGAUGAUCGUGUUAUUGAAGUGGUUGAUUCUGAUGCUGAUUACGGCGACCAAGAUAAAAUGAAUAAGAGAAGGACCAGAGAGAUUCAGUAUGAAGGAGACCCGAGUUUUGCUUUGCCAUUGAUGUAUGUAGCUAAUAUGUAUGAGACUUUAGUUAAUGAAGUUAAUAUUAGGCUUGCUUCUUUGAAUGGUAUUCGCGAUAAGUCCAUUGGCGUUGCUCUUGAAGCUGCUGGUGGUUUGUAUAGAAGACUUGCUAAGAAAUUUCCUAAAAAAGGACCAUGUACAUAUAAGAGAAGAGAAUUGGCAACUUCAAUGGAAACAAGGACUAGGUUUCCAGAGUUAGUUAUACAAGAAGAGAAGCGCGUUCGCUUUGUGGUGGUUAAUGGAUUAAGAAUUGUUGAAAAACCGAAUUCUGUGUCUAUUGAUGACGCCGAGUGGUUUAAAAGAUUGACCGGUCGGAAUGAAGUAGCAAUUUCAGCUUGUGAUUACAAAUUUUACUCCCCAAGACACAAGUUUAGGCGUGGAAUUUCACUUCCAAAUAUCCCAGAUAUCACUAGUUUUCCUGGAGCAGAAAAUUCUACAACGUUGACUACUACUCAAGGAUUUCGCUCACCACAAAAUCAGCAGCAAACCCCAUCCAAACAUCACUUGCAAUCACUGCCACAUCAACCUCAGUUUCACCCUAUUCUCCAGGGCAAUCAAAAUUUGCACCAAAGUCAGCAUGCUGGGCCCUACUCUCAUAACCAUCAAAGUGGUUCCCCUUCACACCUAUCUGAAAUUUCUCAUUCUCACCAGCCAUCAAUAUCUCAACACAUGAGUUGCUUACAAUCACUCACUGGUGGCCAUGUUGGAGGACGCAUGCACAUGCUGCCACCAGCUCCUGCGAAGUUUUGCGAUGAAUGUGGUGCUCCAUAUUUGAGGGAAACAUCCAAGUUUUGCUCUGAAUGUGGUUCAAAGAGGUUAGGAGUAUGAUAGAUUUGCGAUUGUCAUUUCAUUAUUCUUUUGAUUUCAGGUGUAUUCACAGUUUUUAGGAUAUGACUAGUUUUACAUAGUAUUCUUGUGUUUUUAGGAUAUGACUAGUUUUACGUAGUAUUCUUCUUACGUUUGUAGAAAUGUAUUUAGCCUAAUAAAUAGAAAAGGAGUGCAGUUUUCACUUGAAAUGUAGCCUGUGUAAAUAUUUGUAGAUAAUCCAUUGGAUUUGCACUUGUGCCAGCUUUGUGAAUACAGAAAUUCAAGAUGAAAGCCUUAAAAUACAAGUUUAAGUUUU